AUGUCGGGCCCCGGGCAGCGGGAGCCGCCGCAGGCGGGCGGGCUGGCGGGCCCCGAGGGCGCGGACGCGGCGCUGGGCGAGGCGGGGCUGAGUGUCACGACCACCGACCUGAGCCUUGUGGAGAUGACCGAGGUCGAGUACACGCAGCUGCAGCACAUCCUCUACUCGCACAUGGAGGCGGCGGCGGCCGACGGCGAGCUCGAGACGCGCCUCAACUCGGCUUUCCUGGCGGCGGCGGCGCCGGGCGCGGCGGCGGGGGGCUUCGCGGCGGCGGCGGGGGGCGCGGCGGCGGGGGGCGCGCAGCCCGUGUACCCGGUGCUGUGCCCGCCUGCGCUGGCCGAUGGCGGCUUCGCGGGCGCCAACCAGUGCCUGGGCCACAUCGACUUCCAGGAGCUGCGCAUGAUGCUGCUGAGCGAGGCGGGCGCGCCCCCCGCCGCCGAGAAGACGCCGGGCGCAGACGGCCCGGGCGCCGGCGCACCCCGGCCCAAGGCGCCCGACGGCGCCGGCAAGGAGAACGUGGAGGGCGCGCCCGAGGCGCGGGCCAAAUCGGCAGUGCGCGUCCGCCUGGAGGACCGCUUCAACAGCAUCCCCGCCGAGCCCCCGCCAGCCCUGCGCGGCGCGGAUCCCCCCGAGACCGGCAUGGCGCUCAACAAUUUGGUAACUCUUAUUCGCCAUCCAUCUGAAUUAAUGAAUGUUCCUCUUCAUCAGCAACAAAACAAAUGUACAACAUUAGUGAAAAAUAAAACUGCUGCAGCAACUACUGCUCUGCAAUUUACAUACCCUCUGUUUACUGCAAAUAGUUGCUCUACUAGUGGAAAUUCUAAUCUUUCACAAACACAGAGUUCUAGUAACUCGUGUUCUGUACUUGAAGCUACCAAGCAUCAGGAUAUUGGAUUGCCGAGAGCAUUUUCUUUCUGUUAUCAGCAAGAAAUUGAAUCCACUAAACAGACUUUGGGUAGUAGAAACAAAGCUUUGCCUGAGCAAGUUUGGAUUAAAGUAGGAGAAGCGCUAUGUAAACAAGCAAUAAAUAAGAGGAGUCGGAGCAGGAUGCGUCAGUUGGACACAAACAUAGAACGAAGAGCCCUUGGAGAGCUCCAGAACGUGGGUGAAGGCUCCACAGCGGCGCAGGGUGCUUGGCAGUCGGUGGCGUCGUCCCAGGCCGCCCUCGGGGAGCAGCCCCAGAGCGGGCCCCAGGGGGGCAGGUCCCAGCGCAGGGAGAGGCACAACCGCAUGGAAAGAGAUAGAAGGCGCAGAAUCCGCAUUUGUUGUGAUGAGUUGAAUCUUUUAGUCCCGUUCUGCAACGCCGAGACCGAUAAGGCAACGACUCUGCAGUGGACCACAGCGUUCCUGAAAUAUAUUCAGGAAAGACAUGGAGAUUCUCUUAAAAAGGAAUUUGAGAGUGUAUUUUGCGGUAAAACUGGCAGAAGGCUAAAGUUGACCAGACCAGACUCCUUGGUGACGGGUCCCACACAGGAGAGUACAGAGUAGCCCAGCUAUGGAGAUCAAGUGACUGGAUGUGAACACUGAUGCCUGGGAAGUAAACGCCUGUUCCUUCGUGACCCAUAAACAUUUCCUAGGACCCUGGAACUCAGCUCUGAUAGUCUAACUCUAAAGGGACGUGAUUCAGCUGAUGGGACUCCAGUGGGGACUUUGAAAGCACAUUUUGUAAAAAUAUUUAUCUGAAACAAAAUGCU